AUGAGAAAAGGAAAUGCUAAAGAGAAAGUCGGUGGAGGCUGGGUUUGCUGCUCUAUAAAAGUACAGAGAGAGUAUUUGGACGAAAGUUCCAGGGGGAAGGUGAGGAACGUGCUCAAUCUGGGCCAUAUGACUGCACAACACAGCUCAAAGGACGGUCCAAAAGCUCUUUCCAUCUUUCCAUCAGAAGUGUCACUAGUCCGAUCUCCUGAUAACCCCUCGUGUGAGCUGCAGCCCUUGAUGGCUCUUCCUCAGGAGACCCUUGAAAAGCAGUCAAACCAUGACCAGCCAGGGGCCCCCUCAGCGCGGCCCCUCCACAAGGCACGGGCCUGCGUCCUCAAGGGCCUAUCUUAUUUUGCUGGAGACAUGGCACCUUUCGCUAAAUGGAUGGAGAGACAGUUCAUUCUUCUCCAGCUGAUGGACUGGGUGUUGAGAGGCGCUGCGCAGGUCAUGUUUGUGAACAACCCUCUGAGUGGACUGAUCAUUUUUGCGGGUCUCAUCCUUCAGAACUACUGGUGGGCGCUCAAUGGAUUUGUGGGAACACUUUUUGCAACACUUUCUGCUCUUAUUCUACAACAAAACCGGGGUGCGAUAGCAGCUGGGUUAUAUGGAUACAAUGGUAUCUUGGUGGGCCUGCUUAUGGCAGUGUUCUCCAACAAAGGAGACUGGUACUGGUGGCUGUUGUUGCCGAACAUCUUUAUGUCUAUGAUGUGUCCUAUAGUAUCCAGUGCUCUGGCCUCCAUAAACAGUCGUUGGGACCUUCCAGUUUUCACUCUUCCCUUUAACAUCCUGGUGUGUCUGCACAUGGUCGCCACUGGACACUACAACCAUCACUUCCCCCAGGUCCUGAUCCAGCCACGAUCUGAGCUGGCCAACAUCACCUGGGCAGAGAUAGACCUGCAAAAGCUGUUUAUGUCGGUGCCUGUGGGAAUAGGCCAAGUCUAUGGAUGCGACAAUCCUUGGACUGGGGGCAUAUUCAUUAUUUCUCUUUUUAUUUCGUCACCCAUCACAUGCAUUCACGCAGUCCUGGGUUCGGCGGUGGGUAUGGUUUCAGGUCUUGCACUGGCCGCACCGUUUGGGGACAUUUACUUUGGCCUGUGGGGAUACAACUGUGUGUUGGCGUGCAUUGCUAUUGGGGGCAUGUUUUACACCCUGACCUGGCAGGUCCAUCUUCUUGCGAUCACAUGUGCAUUUUUCUGUGCAUACCUUGGCUCAGCUAUUGCCAACAUAAUGUCAACGUUUGGGCUCCCAGCAUGCACCUGGCCCUUUUGCCUUUCUGCAUUGACAUUUCUGCUCAUCACCACAGGCACUAAUAAGAUUUUUAAGCUGCCUCUGGCUAAAGUCACUUACCCCGAGAAGAACCUGUCCUACUCCAGAAAGCAGAAGAAGCUGCAGAAGUUGGAGCAGGCAGAAAAAGAAGACAAAAAGAAAAAUGAGUUACAAAAAGCUAUUGAGGACGAGGUGAUUAGAAAUGACAAAGAACAACUGCGAAUUCAGAUCGAACAGAUGGAGGAGGGGAACAAAGUGUUGAAUGAUAAGGACAAGGAUGAACCACAAAAUCAAGACAUGACUGGAGUUGAGGCCAUAAAGUAG